GUCUUUAUGGUACGUUAAGCAAAAUGGUAAAACUAGGACACCUGUUGGGUUUGAAUGUCCGUGAAUUUGGCGUCUUCUGCUGGUGGUUCCGCGAACUGCACCCUUUGUUUGCGCCGCCUUCCUGCCCGCCUCUCGCUUCACUUCCUGGUUCUCAGGUGGAUGUCACAGCGGCUGCCAAACGCUCUGUCAAACAAGUCCGAAGUUGUCCAGACACGGAGGAACGAUGUACCUAAAGGCCAGGAUACCGCAGCCUGGCGAAGCUUCGUUGGUGUGCGGGUUCUGUUACGCAGAAUGAUGAACUUACGUAGAGUUUUCUACCAAGCAGCAGCGGGAUCAUCAGCCGGGACGUUUCAGUGAGCGGGUUAGCCGCGGCUAGUCCGAUAGCCGCUAGCUUUUGGGCUGUCUGCUACUCCUAGCAUUUUCUUGACUUUGACCAGCUCGGUUCAAGUUUGACUCAGAACCUUAUUCCGAAGCGUCCGAGCGAACUGAGGAGGACGGGAUGGAGAAAGUACAGAUGAGGCACAACCCUCGCAGACAGCUGAAGAAGUUGAGUGAGGACAGUCUCACCAAGCAGCCAGAGGAGGUCUUUGAUGUCCUGGAGAAGCUGGGUGAAGGGUCGUACGGUUCUGUGUUCAAGGCCAAUUACAAAGAAACAGGAGAGAUUGUGGCCAUCAAGCAGGUUCCUGUUGAGUCUGAUCUUCAAGAGAUUAUUAAGGAAAUCUCUAUCAUGCAGCAAUGUAACAGUCCUCAUGUGGUCAGGUAUUAUGGCAGCUAUUUCAAAAACAGCGACCUGUGGAUCGUCAUGGAAUAUUGUGGCGGAGGAUCUGUGUCUGACAUCAUCCGAAUACGUAACAAGACGCUGACAGAGGAGGAGAUCGCCACCGUCCUACAGUCGACCCUGAAGGGUUUGGAGUACCUCCACUUCAUGAGGAAGAUCCACAGAGACAUCAAGGCAGGCAACAUCCUGCUGAACACUGAAGGUCAAGCUAAACUGGCUGAUUUUGGGGUUGCUGGACAGCUCACAGACACCAUGGCAAAGAGAAACACCGUCAUCGGCACACCAUUCUGGAUGGCUCCGGAGGUCAUACAGGAAAUUGGCUACAACUGCGUGGCUGAUAUCUGGUCCCUGGGAAUAACCGGGAUCGAGAUGGCUGAAGGCAAGCCGCCUUACGCCGACAUACACCCGAUGAGGGCGAUCUUCAUGAUUCCCACCAACCCUCCUCCAACGUUUCGAAGCCCAGAUCUGUGGUCGGCAAACUUUCAAGACUUUAUCAGCCAAUGUUUGGUGAAAAACCCAGAAAACAGAGCGACAGCCACUCAGUUGUUACAGCAUCCUUUUAUCAAAUCAGCAAAGCCCAACUCCAUCCUGCGAGCUUUGAUCCAGGACGCCAUAGAGAUAAAACUGAAAAUACAAGAGGAGGCAGAACAACGAGAACAAGAUGAAGAAGAGAAUUCGGAUGAAGAUGAGGUCGACCAGGGGACGAUGGUUCGGGCACCAAGUGAGUCCGGAACGAUCCGGGCUGCUGGUUCUUUAGCAGGUUCACUUAGCGGUACUAUGAUUGAACGUGCGGACACGGGAACCAUGCAGUCACAGCUUGGCACCAUGGUCAUCAACUCUGACGAUGAAGAUGAGCAAGAGGCUGGUACUAUGAAAAGGAGAGAUGAGACCAUGCAACCAGCCAAACCGUCCUUCCUGGAGUACUUUGAGCAGAAGGAAAAGGAGGCGAACGAUCACAACGAUGGACGCAAAGAAAACAAUGCAGACAACCGUAAACUCCCUCCUGAAGGAGAUCUGGAAGUGGUAAGGACGUGGUCGGUGGAGGAGCUGCGGGUGAGACUCGCCUCUCUGGACCCUCAGAUGGAGCAGGAGAUCGAGGAGAUCCGUCAGCGUUACCAGGCAAAGCGGAAACCCAUCCUCGACGCCAUUGAAGCCAAAAAGCGACUGCAGCAGAACUUCUGAUGGGAUCUGCAGAGCUCCUCUAAGACUGGACCAGUAGAUGGUUCUCCGUGUAACCUGGACACGAGGUGAUGCUGUAUGACGGGACAUUUAGAACUUAAUGUGGGAAGAACCUCCGAAGAAAGAGCUGUCCUCUGAUGGAAUGUUGAGCGGAGGUUCGCAUCAGGUUCAACUACAUUCUUUAACUAUAGAGACGACAGCUGAAGAAAGUUUUUCAUCAUCAGCCUUGUUUUCAUGCUUGCACACCUCCGUCAAAAACCACAGUGACCUUUUUCAGACGUUGUUGUCCUAAAAGGUGUUUUCUAAAUAUUCGUUGGGUACUUUUUCCUUUUGCUGGAGUGUUUCCGCUCAUUGCUGAAAGAUGUGAUGCUGCUAAAUGUUUCAGUGUUCCCCUACCAGACUGUGAAAAUCCAGAAAAGGGAGAAACUCUCACAAAGAACAAAAAUAUUCCAUAAAAGGCAGAAAGUGGUUGAGCUCUCCUGCCUUGCAGGAACGUGCCUUGUGCUUCAUUUAGGAUGAACGUUGAAGUUGUGAAGACUGAAUUCUGAUGCAGAUGAAAAGAGAAGAUCUCCUUAAAUCUUCAUUUGUUCUCGUUUAACUUCAUGUGGGAGAUCUUGGGCACUGUGUGUGUAUUUCCACAUCAGUGAUUUUAAAUGACACACACUCCCAUCUUCUACACACCACACUGUAGGUGCAGCUGGGUGAAGCAGGUUUAUAGGAAGGCCUUCGAUAAUAUGACCACUACUUUGUGCCUCAUAACUAAAUAUUCUUUAGAUUUUUAUUUUUUGGGUUUGGGAAUAAAGAGUUUUUUCAUAAUAUAGUACAACCUGCAGAUAUAAGAUGGAUAUGAUGUGUAGCUUUGACCGUUUUUACGACUUGGACCCACCGGAGUUGAGCGGUGAGUGGAAAAAAGGCAGCUGGUGGAGAAAAUUAUUCCUUUUCUAGAUUAUAUUGAUGUCUUUAACACCUCGGGUUUAACUGGAUGUUUGAGUUUUGGUGUGAAGAAAAUCAAACUCCUGCUGGGACUAAUUUCAGAGAAACCGUCUUCAACAGCUUUCCGAUCAGGUAAAGUUUUACUUAUUUUUGAGCGUAAAGCCGUCCUUUGUGGGUCCACAAAUUAGCCCAAGGGCUCAUUUAAUGAUCCGUAAUUGAAAGAGCAAACUUGUUUCUAAACUGGUUUUAACAGAAAAUGAACAGAUUUAAGGACUUUUUUAAUCCCUCCACCAGUUUAGCUCUAUUUCACAGCAGGCACAAGCAUAGAUGUAUUAAUAGGGGCUCCUGCACUGCUGUGUAAAACUAAGGAGUCAAUCGCCCCCUUAGGAAGUGUAAUAAUAAUAAUAAAAAACCAAUAAUAGUCAUUUACAAGGAGACUUCUUUAUAUUGCCACAGUUUAUUAGAACGGGUUUAUUACGUUUUAAACUCAAAGAACCGAUCUGUGCUUCCCCGUAAGCGUCCCUCUUACGUUUUGGACUAUUUUGUUAUAAAUAUGUGGCUGAAGGUAAAUUUAACUUUAUUUGUGAUGAAUCAGAAGGUUUAAGCUGAAAUGGCCUUAAACUGCUGAAUGUUUAAUUAGAUUUCAGUGUCUUUUUAACGUUGAAUGUACCAAAUGUUUUUGCAUUCUUUUAACCACCAGUGUCCUUUUUACAGUUGAUGUGAAAACUUUUUGGGGUGUUUCUGAUCUUCUCCACCUUAAAAAAAAAAGGGCCUGUACUGAAAAAUGUGACCCGGCACACCUGACUGCAUGAAAACCUCCACAGACGACCGCCGACGGGUCUGAGACUGGAUCUGGUGUUGGUCCAGGUCUGAUCCAUCUUCACUUCAAACAUUCCUCUAUCGCUAAUCAUCCAGCGCUUGUGACAUUUCUGGUUUUCAUCCAGCACAGAAGGGACCAUAUCUAUUUUUUUUUACAUAGGUUUAGAUGUGAAGACAGUUGUCAAAAGAGGAAAAAUGAGCUUCUCAGGUCACGAAACUCCUCAGGGGUGUGAAAUAAUGACUGCGAUGAUGAGAAACUACUGUAGCUCCUCCACUGUGUCGCCCUGCUCACAUGAGCAACACUCUGCUGUUGGUGCAUGCUGGAACUCGGUUAAUGUGCAUAAACGCGUGUCUGGUGCUGGAAAUCCUGCUGAUGACAGAAGCUUGUUCUGUGGUGUAAAACGACUCACAAGCACAAAUGAUUUUCUGUUUGUUACAAGCUGAAGGAAAACAAGCGUGUGUAGAUAUUCUCUUCAGUUUUAUGAUCAAAAAGAGCGGACUGGUCACGUUUCUUUGCUCAUUUAUCGUCAGAAAUUGGGAAAACAAAAAAGAUGCAUGGUUGGCUGGGUGCCAGCGGCAUCUUUGUUCUGCUGUUUGAACCAAAGGUCGAAAUCACUGGAGAACAAAACCAGAAGAGACAUUUUUCUGAUGUGAAACUUUGCUUUCUGUUUUUUUAUUCAUGGGAUGUUUUCCUAAACUUUUGAAACUGCUCGUUUUCUGAAGCCGGUUACACCUCAGCAGGAAUCUGCAGCUCCACGUUCAAACACAGUCAUCUCUUCUAAACUCGCCUCGGUCGGUGAGCGCAGCUGAAAUUGUUCUCAUUUCUCCAGCUGGAGUUUUGCUUUAAUUUAAUUAAUGUUCUAAAUGAGGAAUCUGGUGUUGAUCACGAUAAGUUACACAGAAACACAUGGAGUUCCCAGAUUCAUCUCAGUGGUUACCGCUCUUCUACAGGACAUUUUUUAUUUCCUAGUGAACACAUUUUCUUUGUUUGGUUGUAUUUUUAUAAAACCCUUUCAGCUCAGUUUAAACAAACACAGAAACUAUAAAAGGCUAAAUUGUGGAAAGUGGCUACACCAAAAGCGGUUCACAGCACCAUCGGUGCAGCUUUCACAGAUUUAGCUGUAAUUUAGGAGUUAUUGCUGGUUCCUUUUUGGCAUUUUGUCUGUUUAAAGCUAAUCUGGAUGUAGUCGUCACCCUCUGAGUUUGCCUGAAGCACAACAUGCAGUGGAUGGUGGGCUGCCGUUGCUGGGUUUCGGUUUCUGUAUUUCUUAUUUUUGUUUGUUUUCUUUAAUAAAGACAACACUGUAAGA